AUGCGUAAUACUGAACGGGUUUGUAAUCUCGUUAAUAAUGAGCUUAAUCAUCAGGUAGAAAGAUUCUGGCAGCAAGAAGAAGUGCAAACAAAGAGGUUGGAGCAUAGAUAUUCAGCUCAAGAGCAAGAGGUUGAAGAAUUCUUACAAACAGUAAAGAGAGGUGCAGACGGUAAAUACAUCGUACAUUUGCCUAAAGAUGACACUAUUAUACUAGGUGACUCAGAAAUCACGGCGAUCAAGAGAUUUCUGGCAAUAGAGAAAAGACUCAGUCAGCAGCCACAAUUAAAUGAUGAAUUCCAUCAGUUUCUGAAAAAGUACAAGGAAUUAAGACACAUGUCAUUAGUUACAUCUUCGGAUUAUAAUACAACGAAGGAAGUAUUCUAUUUACCUCAUCAUCCAGUGAUAAAGAACGAUAGUGUGACAACAAGAUUAAGAGUAGUUUUUGAUGGUUCUUCGAAAUCGUCAACAGGAGCAGCAUUGAAUCAAAAGCUAUUAAGUGGACCUAACCUUCAACAAGAUUUGUGGAGCAUAAUGCUAAGAUUCCGAUUACAUCAGCAUGUAAUAACAGCGGACAUCAAAAUGAUGUUUAGGCAGAUAUGGGUAACGGAGACAGAUAGAGAUUUACAAAGGAUUGUAUGGAGGCAAGAUCCAACAGAAGCUAUUCAAACAUACGCCUUGAAUACCAUAACAUACGGAACAACUUCUGCGCCGUACCUGGCAAUGCGUUGCCUACAACAUCUUGCGACACAGCCGGAAGCAAUCACGAGGCCAGCAGCCGCAGAAGCCUUGAUGCAGGAUUUCUAUAUGGAUGACGUGAUAACAGGUAGUCACACCAUAGAACAGGCAGUCAAAUUAAGAAAAGAAUUAUCGGAAUUGCUGGGAGCUGCAGGAUUUGAACUCAGAAAGUGGAGAGCGAGCGAUAAAAGAAUAUUGGCAAAACUUAGCCCAAGAAAGUGA